AUGUCAGCCAUGCCAAAUAAUUCCUCAGAUCCGUCGAAAUGCCCCCAACAUAGUGAAAACCGUGCAGAUGGCGACGCGCGCUCUAUGACAGGGUCAACCUCAUCGGAGGAUUCCCUUGACCAAGUCGAUGCCCUUGAUCGCACUGUAACAAGCCAUUCGCGCAUGUCAGAGCCCGACCUGACCAGGAGAGUCACAUCAAUUGGAACCACGGGCACGACAGAUCCAAAUUAUGAAGUCGACUAUGAGGACGGGGACGACCCGUCCAAUCCUAAGAAUUGGUCGUUCAAAUACAAAGGCAUGGCAAUUUCCAUGCUGUCCUGGAACACUUUAGUUAUUGUUUUACAUUCCACGUCUUACACUUCCGGUAUACCAGUCAUCGGUGCAGAAUUUGGUGCCUCGAAUACCAUUGUCACCCUAGGGUUGACGUUCUACCUUAUUGGCCUGGCCAUUGGGUCGAUGUUCAUGGCCCCGCUAAGUGAAGUAUACGGCCGUAAGCCUGUUUCCAUUGUGUGUCUGAGUAUCUUCACGGUCUUGAUCAUUCCCUGCGCGUUGGCCCAGUCCAUCGAGGCUUUGAUUAUUUCCCGCACCAUUGGAGCAUUAUUCGGAAGUGUUAUGAUCUCCACUGCACCAGGAAUGGUGUCAGACCUGGUAACGGAUGAGCAAAGAGCGCUGGCCAUCUCUAUUUGGAGUAUUGGGCCUAUCAACGGACCAGUUUUGGGUCCUAUCCUUGGAGGUUUCGUGACGCAGUACCUGGGCUGGCGAUGGAUGAACUGGAUUGCUUUGAUGCUCUCCGGAGUCGCCUUAGCCUUUGCUUGCCUCAUGAAGGAGACGUAUAGUCCGAUCAUCUUGCAGAAAAAGGCUGCGCGCAGACGGAAUGAGACAAACGACGACCGGUGGUGGAGUCGAUACGACCAGAAAGCCAGUCUUCUGGAUAUGCUGAAAAUAAACCUCAGUAGACCGUUUGUCAUGGCUGUUCUAGAGCCCAUCUGUAUCUUCUGGAACCUCUACAUCGCAAUUGUAUACGGAAUCCUCUACCUCUGCUUCACAGCCUACCCCAUCGUCUUCCGCCAAAUCCGCGGCUGGUCGCUUGGCCUCUCAGGCCUCGCCUUCUGCGGCAUCGGAGUCGGAUGCAUGAUCAUGAUCGCCUGCGAACCCUUCGUCCGCCGCAUGAUCAACAGCCACAAGCGCGACCCAGAAACCGGCAAAGUACCCCCCGAAGCCAUGGUCUCGAUCGUGUGCAUCGCCGCCGUCCUAAUUCCUACUGGAGAGCUCUGGUUCGCCUGGACCUGCGCGCCAGCCUCCAUCCCCUGGAUCGUCCCCAUCCUCGCGGGUAUGUUGUUCGGUUGCGGGAACGCCGGUGUCUUCAUCUAUGCUUCGAAUUACCUCACCGAUAGCUAUGGCGUGUAUGCUGCCUCUGCACUGGCGGGGAACUCUGUCAUGCGUAGCAUUCUGGGUGGUGUUAUGCCGCUUGUGGGUACCUACCUGUACGACGGGCUUGGGCCGAACUGGGCGGGAACUCUGCUUGGAUUACUUGAGGUGGCGAUUAUCCCGAUCCCAUUUGUGUUUUACAAGUACGGGUAUAAGAUUCGGAUGAGGAGUUCGCUUAUCAGUCGGAUGCAAGAGGAUAAGAGGAAGCUGGAGAACAAGCGGAAGCGCAUGGAGCAGCGUUUGGCGCCGGAGACGAAUGCAGCUACUGAAGAGACGGGGGAGAAAGAGGGGGCCUAA